AUCCAAUGACAGGCCUCGUUGGUGGGGGGCGCUUCGAUCAAUGCGGAAAUGUGCCCAAUUCUAGAAGGCGUUAGAAUGUCCUUGCGCGUUUGGAGAUUGUUUCCCUGAGGAUUUAAUUGCAUUUAUUUAUUAACAAGAUCCAAUAUGCCUCUUUUAAAAUACCCCCCUAAAAUCUGGAAUGCCCUUAAGAUGAAAGAGGGCAUUAAAGCCCGUCUCCCUGAACAUUACUUAAAGUCUCUGGAGCAGAAGGAGCCCACUGCAGUCCACUGGAAGCCUUUGGGGGUCAACUACCGUCUCAACCCAAAGACGGGUCAGAAGGAACGAGUGCAAGAUAUCCCAAUCCCCAUCUACUACCCUCCUGAGUCGCAGGACGGUCUGUGGGGGGGAGAGGGUUGGAUAAGCGGGUACAGAUAUGCCAACAAUGACAAAAUGUCCAACCGUGUGAAGAAGACGUGGAAGCCCCAGCUCUUCAAGAGAGAGCUUUACAGCGAGAUCCUGGACCACAAGUUCACCAUCACGGUCACGCAUCGCACUCUGGACCUCAUUGACGCCGCCUUUGGCUUUGACCUCUAUAUCCUCAAAACGCCAAAGGAAGAUCUGUCCUCCAAACUGGGGAUGGACCUGAAGAGAGCCAUGUUGCUUCGCCUGGCUCGCAAAAACACUCAGCUGUACCCAGAUGACCCCGUGAGGAGAGAGAAGGUGUACAACAAGUUCAAGCAGCAGUUUGAGAUCCCAGAGGAGGAGGCCGAGUGGGUGGGUCUCACCCUGGAGGAAGCUGUGGAGAAGCAGAGGCAGCUGGAGGUCAAGCCGCCUGAGCCGUUGUUCAAGGUCUGUGUGGAAAAGCUGAUAGAGGACCUGCAAAUCCAAAAACUGUCAGAACCUCAUCUUAUUGAGAAUAAAUGAAGAGUAGAAUCAUCUGCCAUGGAGCUCCACUGAAGAAGAGCUUCUCUUCCUGGUGAAGUGUCAUCACAUUUCUUUGAGUUUGUAAUAGGUCGAAACUUUUUGUAUUUUUACAUUGGAGAGAGAUGCACGGGAAGGAGGGAAAAUAAUGGAUUCAAAAACGGUGUUAAUAAAACCGCUGCCCAUUAAUUAUCCUGUGUAAAGUAAUUAAAAAAGAAUCACAUUGUCACAUUUGUCACUUGUUUAACAGAGUAUUUCAGCAACAUAUGAACAUAGAUAGUCUUUUGUUCGCUUCUCCUACUAUUUUGCUAGUAAGAAACCAAUGAGGCUGAAACGUACGUAUAUUUCCACUGAUACUCGCCAUUUUUUUUAGACACUUCCCAUGCAAAUCCUUUACAAAGCUGGCUGGUUAUUUAAUCACUUAGAUUAAUUAAAUGACUCACAAGUCUUAACAGAUCGCAUCAGUCCCUGGUUGUGUACACAAAGUGAGUUAGCAGACUCACCAAAACGGAGGAUUUGAUUGUGCAACAAAUUAAAGUAAUGUUGAAAUCCUCCCUUCUUAGGGCUAAAUCCACCCAGAUUUUUUUUCUACUGACUAUCUGAAUAAAGCAAGGAGUCUAGAGUUGAAGGUUAAAAUGUAUUCUACAAAUGGAGUAGGUACAAACAGUAGCAAUACUAAUAUAUACUGUAUAUAUUCUCUUAAGAGGGUCACUCUCCACACAUGUUUUUGUCUACUUUGUGGUCCUUCCCCAGUGGAGACGGUAAACCGAAAGUUAACUUAGCGUGUGUGUCCACUCUCCCUUCGUUUUGUCCGAGUCAUCCUUGGUACAUCCUAAUAUCAUCAAAACUAGAGUGAAAAAUAUGUGUGUGUCAGGAGAGAGCAUUGUGUUUGUCUUUUUAAGCGAAACGAAGGCCAAAGAGAGUAACUUCUACUCAUUCAUUUAAUUUUUUCUGAAUUUUGAAAAAUAUUUCCUUAUCAGUAACAAGUGAAAUAUUGCAAUAAAUUAGGGAUUAAACACACUAGUUUCUCAUGA